ACUAGUUAGAAAUACUAUUGAAGAAUCUCUCUUGAAGCGGGAAGUGUGAAAGAAGCCUGUAUAUACAACUCUGCUUCUUGGGCAAAUUCAAUAUCCCUCUUUCUCCCCUUCUCCAUCCAUGCCUCCAAUCAAGGAUGCGGUUCUUCUUCUGCUUGAUGUGGGGCCAUCCAUGCAUUCUGUUCUUCCUGAAAUUGAGAAAGCCUGCUCCUUGCUUGUAGAAAAGAAGAUGAUAUAUAGCAAAAGUGAUGAAGUCGGAAUAGUCUUAUUUGGAGCUGAAGAUACUGAUAAUGAACUAACUACGGAAAUUGGUGGGUAUCAACAUGUUGUGGUUUUAAAAAAGAUUAAAGUUGUCGAUGGAGAUAUUGUUGAGGCUUUACAACAGCUGCCUCGAGGAACAACUGAUGGUGAUUUUCUUGAUGCUGUCAUUAUUGGCAUGGAUAUGUUGAUAAAAAAAUUUGAUCAAACAAUCAAGGGAAAGAAACGUCUCUGUCUUAUCACAAAUGCAAAAUGUCCAAUAAAAGAACCUGAUGAAGGCACAAAGGAAGAGCAAGUUACCAUCAUUGCCAAACAGCUGACUGCCCAUGGUAUGAAAAUGGAAAGUAUUAUUUUUAGAGGAAAGCUUGGCCAAGAUGCAAACAGGGAAAUAAUGGAUGAGAAUGAUCGUUUGUUAAAUAUUUUUUCCAAGGAAACAUCAACAAGAUUGUUGUAUUUGGAGAAUCCAAUUUCUUUGUUUGGUGCUCUUAAAACAAGAAAUAUAACUCUAGUUACAAUUUUCAGAGGGGAUCUUGAAAUCCGUCCAAACCUGAGCAUUAAGGUAAUGGUAUACAAGAAAACAGCACAAGAGAAAUUUCCUACACUGAAGAAAUAUUCUAAUAAGGCUCCUCCAAAUGAUCAAUAUGCUAAACAUGAACUCAAAACAGAUUAUGAGCACAAGAGUUGUGAAGAUCGUGACAAAGUUCUCCCCCCUCACCAAAGAAUUAAAGGCUAUGCUUAUGGGCCUCAAAUAGUUCCCAUAUCCAGUGCUCACUGGGAUGCGUUUAAAUUCAAACCCGAAAAGGGUGUGAAGCUUUUGGGAUUUACUGAUUCUUCUAAUGUAUUUAGACAUCAUUACAUGAAAGAUGUAUGUGUGUUCCUACCUCAACCUGGAAAUACAAGAGCCAUGCUUGCAGUUUCUGCUCUUGCACGAGCCAUGAAGGAAAAGGAUAAGGUGGCAAUAUUACGCUGUGUCUGGAGAAAGGGACAAUCAAAUGCUAUCAUUGGGGUCUUGACACCUAAUUUAUCCGAUAAAGAAAAUAUUCCUGAUUCAUUUUACUUAAAUGUACUUCCUUUUGCCGAGGAUGUGAGAGAGUUUCAAUUCCCUUCCUUCUCUAAUUUCCCAGCUUCGUGGCAGCCAAAUGAACAACAGCUAGAGGCUGCAGCUAACUUAAUAAAAACGCUUGACCUUGCACCACAUGGGCAAGAGGAAGUUUUGCUACCUGACUUUACAACUAAUCCAGUGUUAGAGCGCUUUUAUCGUUUCCUUGAGCUGAAAUCAAAGGAUCCAGAUGUGGCGGUACCUCCUAUUGAUGAGACACUCAAGAAAAUUACAGAGCCUGAUGCCGACCUGCUAUUGCAAAACAAAUCUGUAAUAGACUCAUUUUGCAGGUCUUUCGAGCUUAAGGGACAACCGUUGAAAAAGUCUAGGCGAUUAUGGGGAGGAAAGAGAUCUUCUACAAAUGAUGAACCUGCCAAUGUAAUUGAAAAGGCAUCUGUUGAAGUUGAGAAAAUCGGGGAUCUAACUCCUGCCCAAGAUUUUGAAGCCUUGAUUUCCCGCAGAGAUAGUCCAAAUUGGGUUGUAAAAGCGAUCGAUGAAAUGAAAAAUAAAAUAUUUGACCUGGUGGAGGACUCUCACGAAGGUGAUAACUAUCCUAAAGCAUUGGAAUGUUUAGUUGUGCUUCGCAAGGGUUGCAUCCUUGUGCAGGAACCAAAACAGUUCAAUGAUUUCCUUAAACAUAUUUGUAAAUUCUGUCGAGAGAAUAGACUUCACAGUUUCUGUCAAUAUCUUGCUUCUAAGGAUCUUACCUUGAUCUCCAAAACAGAAGCUGUAGACAGUGAUGUUACUGAUGAGGAAGCCAGAUGUUUCUUGGUUAAAUCUGAACCAAAAGUUGAAUGAUUCCUUCUCUAUAUGUACUGAAAUUAAAAGUUACAUUAUUUUUGUCUCAGAAUGAUUAUCUUGUAUAAUUAACGGAUUUGUGAAAAAAAAAAUAAAGAAAAGUACAUAGGAAUACCUUGUGAAUAUUGUUUGUAAUAUUGUUUGUUCUCGCCUGAGAUUCUGUAACUUUGAUUCCAUUUGUGACAAUUCAGAAUUUGAUAAGCUUGAGUUUAUCAAGCAUACGUUAUCAGCACAA